AACCUCCACUCGAGCAGAAAGGGUGCUGCAUAGAAAGAACCAAGAAGGGACUACCAUCACCAAGGUAGGUAACGGUGCCGCAGAUGGGGUGCCCCGCGCGACGAGCAUGAUGGCGCGAUUGCGUGCUUGGGAAGCACCCCACUCCGUCCCAAAGUAGCGUGCACGACUGAGGGGGAGCACGCAUAGCUGUCUGUAACAGAAAUUGUCAAUGGUGGCAUGGCCCAAGGCGAUGAUCGACCCUAGAAUUCCAGGUAGAUUCUGGACGUGGGUAGGCUGGAGAAGGAAACAAUAGAAAAGGGGAGCUCUCCCCAGCUAGACCUGGCUGUCCGCUUUCAUCCCCUCCCGUCCGCAGCUUCUUUGUCAACUAUCCCAUCCAAACACUGCAGUAGCCUUGGCACCACUGUACUCACCGAGACCUGUUCGCCCUCUGUGAUACCCGUUGUUCUAUUGAAAGCCUGCCAUCAUGUCGGACCUGUCCCGGAAGUUCGAGACUCUCCAACUCCAUGCGGGGCAAGAGCCUGACCCGACUACUAAUGCCCGGGCCGUUCCCAUCUAUGCCUCUACGAGCUACGUCUUCAACGAUUCUGCCCAUGGCGCCCGUCUUUUCGGCCUUAAGGAGUUUGGCAACAUAUACUCCAGGAUAAUGAACCCUACCGUUGAUGUCUUCGAGAAGAGAAUGGCCGCCCUUGAGGGGGGCGUUGCCGCCGUGGCUGCGUCCUCUGGCCAGGCUGCCCAGUUCAUGGCCAUAUCGGCACUGGCGCACGCUGGCGACAACAUCGUCUCGACAUCAAACCUUUAUGGUGGCACGUACAACCAGUUCAAGGUGCUCUUCUCCCGCCUCGGCAUCACAACCAAGUUUGUCAACGGCGACAAACCCGACGACUUUGCUGCCGCUAUCGACGAUAAGACCAAGGCCGUGUACAUUGAGAGCAUUGGCAACCCGCGCUACAAUGUUCCGGACUUUGAGGCCAUUGUCAAGGUGGCGCACGACAAGGGCGUUCCUGUUGUCGUGGACAAUACGUUCGGUGCUGGCGGAUACUUUGUCCGGCCGAUCGAGCAUGGCGCUGACAUUGUCGUCCACUCGGCGACCAAGUGGAUUGGUGGUCACGGUACGACCAUUGGCGGUGUCAUCAUCGACAGCGGUAAGUUCGACUGGGGCAAGCACGCCAAGCGGUUCCCGCAGAUGGUCGAACCGUCCGAAGGGUACCACGGCCUCAAGUUUUGGGAGACGUUUGGCCCCAUCACCUUCAUCAUCAGAGUCAGGGUCGAGAUACUCCGUGACCUCGGCGCAUGCCUGAACCCCUUCGCGGCGCAGCAGCUUCUGAUCGGUCUCGAGACUCUGUCACUCCGAGCCGAGAGGCACGCCCAGAACGCCUUGGCCUUGGCAAGAUAUCUGGAGAAGAGCCCCUACGUCUCGUGGGUGUCGUAUCCUGGUUUGGAGAGCCACGCAUGGCAUGAGACGGCCAAGAAGUACCUCAAGCGUGGUUUCGGCGGUGUGUUGAGCUUCGGUGUCAAGGGUGGUGGUGCUGCCGGUAGCCAAAUUGUCGACGGCUUCAAGCUGAUCUCCAACCUGGCCAAUGUUGGCGACUCCAAGACGCUGGCCAUCCAUCCCUGGACGACAACUCACGAACAGCUCACCGACGAAGAGAAGAUCAGCUCGGGCGUCACCGAGGAUCUCAUCCGAAUUUCUGUCGGAACGGAGCACAUUGACGACAUCAUUGCCGAUUUCGAGCAGUCGUUCAAGGCUGCCGAGGCUGCGACGACCAAGGAUGGUGGAAAGCAGGCUGAAGAGACCAAGGAAGAGAAGGCUCCAGUGGUGGUGUAAAUUCGUUUUAUUAGAGCAGGCGUCCAAUUGAACAUCCUUUUUGAUGAACAAUACUAGCCUUCGAAUGACUUGGUGUUGUUGGACAGUGAUGGGGUUGAAUGUUCAGGGCCCGCAAGAGGGUUGUCAGAAAGUCACAGUUGGGCACUGUAUACAUGUACACUAAAGUGGUGAUGGAAUUCGGGGUGGUUGUUAAUUGGAUUGAUUGGUUGUAAGGUGGAAAAUCUCUACAGGAGGAUAGAGUGCCCAGGGGUAAUACCCAGCUAAGUCUACAGGAGGCGUAUUUCCAAUACACCUCCCUAGUUGAGC